UUUCUCAACUCUUUCACAAUGUCUCUACCAACUUCCCCGCCAAAAUGGGCAAAAGAAUCCGCCACAACCUUCCACAUUGCCCUCAGUUUCAUCGUCUUUCUAUUUCUUGACUUUCUUGAAACUUUUCUCUGCCUACUUUUUAGAUUUCUUGACCACUACUUUGAAGGCAAGCCCUCCCGCUGUUACUGUGAAAACACUAGAGAGCUAGAAGAUGUUGAGGUAUCAGAGACUCUGUGUGGGAGGAGAAACGUUUUUAGAGAAAUGGGGUUUCUUCAGUUUGCCAGAAAACGGGAGGAACAUUGUUGUUCCAAGAAAGUAGGAGGUCACGUGACGCAUAGGUGGUCUGAUUGUGGGUGUGAGUGUUGUGUUUCUUGGAUGAAGAUUGGCGAUCAGAAACUUCAUGUUGUGGUGAAGGAGCCCUCACAAUCCUCCAUUGAGGAUACAAGGGGAAAUCCAACCGAAAAUGUGAUAUUCUUACACGGGUUCCUCGGUUCUUCCUCAAUUUGGACAGAGACAGUGUUUAAAAAUCAUUCCAACCAUGUGAAGGAUAAUUACAAACUGUUUGCAGCUGACCUCUUGGGUUUCGGAAGAAGUCCGAAGCCAAGAGAUAGCUUGUACACACUGAGAGAUCACUUGGAAAUGAUUGAGAAAUCUGUAAUUACUCCAUUUGAUUUGAAGUCCUUCCAUUUGGUUGCACAUUCCAUGGGUUGCAUAAUCGCAUUGGCUGUAUCUGCAAAGUAUGCAAAGUUUGUUAAAUCAGUCACUCUGGUAGCACCACCAGUCUUGCCCUGUUCAGAAGAUGGAGCAAGUUUCACUGUCCUUAAUAGGCUUGCUAAGAGGAGAUUGUGGCCACCAUUAUUGUUUGGAUCAUCAGUAAUGUCCUGGUAUGAGCACUUGGGUCGAUGCAUCUGUUUCCUUUUUUGCCGGAAUCACAGGAUGUGGGAGAGUAUACUUAAGCUACUUACUCGGAAAAGGGAUCUCCCCUUCCUGGUUAUGGACCUGACGAAGCACACCCAUCAUUCGGCGUGGCAUAGUAUGCACAAUGUGAUAUGUGGUGGUGCAAAAUAUAACGAUGAUUAUUUGAAAAUUCUGGUUGCAAAUGGAGUGAAUGUCUGUGUUAUUCAAGGUGAUAAGGAUGAGGUUGUUCCUGUGGGGUGUAGUAUUUACAUUAAGAAGAAGGUAGCAGAUGCACAGGUCAAAAUCAUUCCAAAUGCGGAUCACAACACUGUAAUUUUUGGUAGAGAAAAGGAAUUUACGCUAAGUUUGGAGGAAAUAUGGGCACCAUCUGCAGAUACUAACAGUGUAGAGGAAUGAUUUUAAGGAGAUGAUUGUAUGAGAAAGCUUAGUUCACCAUCAAACUUAUUGAUUGAAUUAAGUGGAGAAAUUUUAGGUGAAGAACAUUUGAUUAUGUGGAAGUGAUGACUGUAUAUUUAGUACAAACUACUUGGUCCAUUCAUUUGUAUUCGAACACACGCACGCAAUAAAUCAAGUCUUUAGUUGUCUCAAGACUAAUGUAUUUGUUGAAG